AUGGAUGAUUCAAGAAAGCCAGUGGAUGCCGCGAAGGAGGUGAGUUUGGCCACAAAUAGGAAAGGGUUCAGGUUGCAGCCGUCAAAAGUGACUUGGGUGUCAAAAAAGAUGGGUAAGAAUUCUGAUUUACAGGUUGAUAUCAUUCAAGAAAAUCCGUUGAUCGUCAAAGAAGUUGAGUUGCAAGAUGUUGAGUCGCGGCCUGCGGAAACUCUACCUGCGAAAACCCUAGUUGCACAGACCCUUGUUGCUGGUUUCAAACCGCUUUGUGUGUUGGAGACUAUUGAUGAAGCUGAAAAUGAAGUAGUUGACGAUGUGGAAGAUGAUAAUGUUGAAACUGUGUGUAUUGAGGAUCUCACUUUUGGCCUAUAUUCUUUGGAGUAUCCUAAUCCAGCUAUAGCUCCGCAACCCCUUGAGGAGGUAUAG